AUGAGUGGCCAGGGCGACAGCCAUAAUAAGCUGCCCUCUCCCUUUGCAUCUCCCAAGCUCUUCCAAGGUCCGGCAGACAUCAUCAAGUCUGAACCCAUCACCGACAUUCACCUGGCAAAGUGGAAGGCCGAAGAUAGUCUGCUGCUCGAGGCCAAGAUACAGACUCCCCAAUCAUCACCUUCAGCCGCCCACCUGUGCCAGCAGACAUCAGAGAUCGACACGAGCAAACGUGAACCCAUGUCUCCGCCAGAUAACUAUUCCGUCAUUUCCUCCCCACAGAACUUUGGCUGGCCAUCGUCAUCAGAGUCAGGAGAAAGCGAGCCCUGGACGCUGCACCACCACGAGCUACUGCCUGACCAUUCUGCCUACGCCAAUUCACCAUCGUCACCUGCUGGUGGUUGGGACUGCGCGGUACCCUAUCAGUUCCAAGGCGCCCCUACCUCGGCGGGAUAUUUUCCAGACUGCAGUGUCCCCUUCUCUGCCGUUACUCCCCCCCCGAUGCAGGCCAACUACUCGCCUGUGUUUGAGAUGCCCUCAAACUACGGAAGCCCCCAAUAUCCCCACAGCCACUUUGGCGAUGGAUCUCCUGCCCAACGCCGCCAGCUAGCUGCUGGAAUUCCUGAAAUGGGCUCUCUAGUCAAUGAGCCUACUUCACAUCCCGACUACUCUGGGGUCUUGCACACACCACCAAGCGACUUCCCCUGCACUUCGGACCUGGGCAAGGCCAAAGGGGACAUCAACAGCCUGCCGUACUCUCAACUUCUGUUCAGAGCUUUCAUGAGCUCAAACACAAGAAAGUUGUCGCUGCGGCAGAUUUACCAGUGGUUCGAAGAGAAUACCAACAAGGCUGUGAACAACAAAGGCUGGCAAAACAGCAUCCGCCACAACCUGAGCAUGAACCGAGCCUUUGAGAAAGCACCACUGAAGGAAGACGGAACAGAGUCGAGGCGAGCGACUGAGUGGGUGUUGGCAGACUGGGCGCUUGAGGAAGGCGUCCAAAGCACGACAAGGUAUCGCAAGAGCAACACCCAUUCGAAAUCACACAACUCGGGACGUAUGGGCCACAGCUCCUACGGUGGCAGCCGCAGAGGUCCCCUGGGAUACAACCCCCGGGGUCGUGAGAGGCUCUACAAUCAUCGACUCCAGAUGCACGGUAUGCCGUCAGAUCAGCAGCUUACCUAUGGCCCUCCCAUCUCCCAUCCCCACAUGGCGCCUUCCAUGCAUGGGCUCUCGGAGGUUGAGGGAUACAUGGCUCCCGGAGGAGGAAUGUGCUACUCGCAAGAAGAUGUCCAUCAAGGAUACAAUGGAUUCAGCCCAGAAGAUGCCAGCAACUCCAACAACUACUCCAUGUACAAUCUUGGGGGAGGAAAUAUGGGGGAGUAUGCGAUUGUGGGCGGCGUUCCCGACGGCACUCUGGCCGGGACCCAUGUCGGUGGCGUUGUAUCACAACCAGCCGUUGCAGUUCCAUAUGGGACGCAAAUGUCUUCUGGUCUUUCUGGACUUACUGGCCAGUUGCAAGAUGACCAGAACCAGCACAGCUACUCAUCUGCUGAAUACGACACGAGGCAGGGACUCAGCAUCGACUCUGAGGGUGUGCGCGAAUAG